CGCCAUAAGAUUGCACUUGUAGUACUUUACUGCACGAAGAACACCAUGGCACAACGUGUCCAAGAAGAAGAUGAGCAGAUGAUGAGCACCGAUGACUUGAUCCAAGCUCAGAUCAAGCUCUACCACCACUGCUUCGCCUUCAUCAAGUCCACAGCACUUUGGGCCGCCAUCGACCUGCGCAUUGCGGAUGUCAUCCACCGCAAUGGCGGAGCCGCCACCUUAUCCGACCUCGCGCUCAACGUCGGGCUGCACCCGACCAAGCUCUCCCACCUCCGGCGGCUCAUGCGCGUGCUCACCGUCACUGGCAUAUUCGCUGUCGAAGACCGCAAUGGUGAGGCCAUGUACACACUCACCCGAGUCUCUCGCCUUCUCCUCAACAGCGAUGGGGAGGGAACGCACGCCUUGUCCCAAAUGGCGCGUGUGUUAGCCAACCCACUCGCCGUGAUCUCUCAUUUCAGCAUUCACGAGUGGUUCACCACCGAGAAGGCAACCACCAUGACACCCUUCGAGGUGGCGCAUGGUUGCACGCGGUGGGAGAUGAUAGCGAACGAUGCCAAGGAUGGCAGCGUGUUCAACGCCGGCAUGGUUGAGGACAGCCGUGUCGCCAUGGAUAUCAUCUUGAAGGAGAGCUGUGGCAUUUUCCAGGGCAUCAGCUCUCUUAUUGAUGUUGGUGGUGGCCAUGGCGCUGCAGCUGCAGCCAUAGCAACGGCAUUCCCAAACAUCAAGUGCACUGUGCUGGAUCUGCCUCAUAUUGUUGCUGAGGCUCCCGCCACUCAUAGCAACAUCCAGUUUAUAGGUGGUGACCUUUUCAAGUUCAUUCCAGCAGCCGAUGUUGUUCUACUUAAGUGUCUUUUGCACUGUUGGCAAGAUGAUGAUUGUGUCAAGAUUCUGCGACUAUGCAAAGAGGCAAUCCCGGCAAGAGAUGCUGGGGGAAAGGUGAUAAUUAUUGAGGUGGUUGUCGGGAUUGGAUCCGAGGAAAUUGUUCCUAAGGAGAUGCAACUUUUGUUUGAUGUUUUCAUGAUGUACAUCGAUGGCAUCGAGCGAGAGGAGUAUGAAUGGAAGAAGAUUUUCUUAGAGGCUGGAUUCAGUGACUACAAAAUCACCCCGGUGCUAGGUGCCCGAUCAAUCAUCGAGGUUUACCCUUGAUGCUUCUGAAGGUGUACAUGUGCAUCUCUCCGUGGAACCUAUUCUAGUUCAGACAAUUGAACUAAAUACAUAACAUGUUGGUUAUAAACAUGUUUAUGUUAGUCUUUUGAUUUCCUUUCGUUCAUGAGUCAGUAGCCUUGAGGCGUGUGCAUGUUCACACUGAGGCCAUCGUUUUUUCGUUUUUCUGUUGUCGUAUGAGCUACAGUAUGUGCUCUGUGGGAUGGUACAACUUAUGUACGUCGUGGCUUGAGUCUUGGGCAUAUUGGUAGCCCGUGAUUUCCAUUUUUAUUUUCAUCACAAUAAGAGGAAGAGAAAACUGAAAAGCUGCAAUGCAGUUCGCAGCGCCAAA